AUGUCACGGCGGAGGUCAUCGGGAAUGAUGCAGCUCGGGCAGGGUGAUCCUCCCAGUCGGGACCUAGAGGGCAACCUAACCGCACCGGAUCCAGCGGAUGUUGAAAGAAACCAGUUCACGGAAGGAGUGUUGGCUGGCUUCGAACCGGAGCCGCCACGCCUCAACUAUGACAUGUGGGGACGGAAGUGGUCCAUUCUUAUCUUCUGGAGUCUGGUCUUCGUGGACUGUGUGGCGACCCCUAUCGUGUUGUAUUUCACCCUCCACUAUCYCACGGAUCUAUCAAACAACCUGGUCUUCACCGUUGUGACUGCCGCGUUGGGAGGUGUUAGUAUCUUUGAGUACUUCGUUCGUGCUUGGCGAUUGUGGAAGAAGGACAGCACAUGCCGUGUUGCUGGAGAAAGCAGAUGGGGUCGAUGGGCAUUUGACUGGUUUCACUGGAACUUUACUCUUGGCUGGGUCGCSGUAAUGAUUGAACUCAUCAUCGGCACCGUCCAAGAAAACCCGCCGAUCCGUCUGCUGGCCAUGCCUCUCCCAAGUAUGCUAUUCGUCUUCGCCUGGGAGCUUCUCAUCGUCGACACUCUGCGAUUCUUCCAAGUUCCCUCACCCGUUCGCAUGUCAUCCAUUCCCAAAGGCGCCCAGCUUCGUCCCGCCAUCUACACCAUGAUCGAGGACGUAGUCGCCGUCGAUGGAAGCGGAGGUACGGAGUACCGCGAAGCCCUCAACCGGAGAUACGAAGCCUCGCACGUCUUCCGUGCAAUGCUGCGUCGUCUGGGCGGGUUCUGGGCUGCUGGUGCAAUGGGUUGCGCUGUUGCAACUACAGUCUUAGUGUUCACGAUCCACGACGAGGCAGCUUUCGUCGUGGGGUGGACGCUGCCGUUUCUUUGGGCCUUUUUGUGGGCCGUGGGAACAUAUUUUUAUGUUGUGAGAAAAACUCGCGAGGAGCAAAAGGCCUGGGAGGACGAGAUUGCGGAGAAGAGUGGGGCGAUGCAGAUCUCGGAUCAAGGCUCUCAUUAA